AAAAUCCUCUAAAAAUGGCGAAGAAGAGUAGUAACAUGAUAAUCUAUCUAACAUUGGUUAUAAUAACCGUAUGUGGAAUUUGCCUCUGGAAAUUCUCGGGCUUCAAUCAUGAGGACGGCAAGUUCAAUAUGAUCCUGGUUUCAUUUUUGGCGGUCACUUUUAUUCGGAUAAUUAUUUUUACGCCCCUCAAGUUCGUGAUAAUGUCUCUGGAUGCCGCCUGGUGGCCUCUUCAACAACCUCCAGUGGGGCCCGAUGAAAACGCCAACGUGGAGUCCUUUAUGGACAAAUUAAGGAUUAAACUUCGGACAUUGCGGAGUGAGCUGAUCAUCACGGAAAGCCAUCGAAAUGAGGAGGUCAACCUGAAGUACCGCGUGAUAACCGAGGAACUUUAUCUAACGGCCAAGGUUUUUCUGGUAUUUCUCGGCAUGGUUUUGGUCUUGUUCGAUGACUUUCUCUACUUCAACACCAAAACCAUACAGCAUCUCUUCGAGUACAAUCAUAAAUUUACGCGCGGACUAUCAAGUUUGACUGAGCUGCUGAAAGUAUAUGAAUUCAUAGAGUUCUCCCUGAUUCGGGCCUUUACGAGUGAGAACAAUACGAUUGGCGGAGCUCCUUGGAUUUAUUCGGAGUGCAACAGAUUGUUGGGCGUGGUGCGAUUGAGGCAGCUGAGGACGGAGAACAACCGCAUGGGUCUGCAUGACCCUGUUUUCACGGAAAGGGAUUACAUGGAGGGCUGGAAAUUGCCAUAUGAACGCCAACCGUAUACGAAUAAAUUCUGGACGAUUUACAAGCCCUGGGUGUCGACCGACUACGGUAUCCGGGACAACUUAAUUUUAGGUAUCGUUCAUCAUGGCCAACAUCUCUCUUAUCCGGAAACGAAGGGCUACAUAAAUCUGCUCUCGGACACGCGUUUCAAAAGUUUUAAAAUCCUCGACUAUCUAAUCGAUAAGAAAUGGCUUGAUUCGAAUACGAGUGCUCUAUUCAUGGACUUUUCUUUGUACAAUGCGGACGCAAACACCUUUAGCGUGUGCACACUGUGGGUGGAGCAAUUUCCCUUCGGCGGCAUCGACACGCACGUUCAAGUCGAAAGCAACGUUUUCAUCGAUCAAAUUGGACACUUUUCGAUCAUCGGAAUGCUGAUGAUAUUCAUAUCCUUCAUCAUCUGCACGCAGUUUGCCAGGGCGUUCUUUGUGAAGGUAUGGUACGAUCCGCACUCGCUGAAGACCUUGUGGGUCAUGUUGGAUGCCUUGAUCGUGUUGCUCAGUAUACUGAUUGCGGCGCUCUUAUUUAUCCGGGGUAGCUUGGUUCAAUCGAUGAUACACAAGGUGGAAAUCUCGGUGAUGGUGGAUUUUAUCGAUUUCCGUGAACCGGCGCGACUCAACUACUUUGCAGAUGUUCUCAAGGGAUUCGCCGUGGCGCUGGUCACCAUGCGGCUUUGGAAAGUAAUGCAGUUUGCCGGCACUUUUCAACUUUUCACCGAAACCCUGGCCCUGGCCUGGAGGGCACUCUUUUUCACGGUCCUAAUAACCAUAAUAUUUAUUGUCGCCCUUGGCAUUGCAGCUGUCACAAUCAAUGGCAAUCACACAAUCCAUUUCAGUGAUUUGGACUCUGCCAUUGUUACACUCAUGUGUUUUACCUUCGGCUAUGCUCGUCAAGUGAAUCCUCCAGAUCUCUUUUAUGGUGGCAUGUGGCUGGGCCUCAUACUAUAUGCCAUGAUGGGCUUUGUGGUCAAGUUUCUGCUAAUCAAUUUGAUAAUAUCCAUGUUGAGGGCUCAACUGACGAGUGCCAAAGUGGAAAGGGAUCACACAGAGAAGCGCUGCAUAUCGUUUCUCGAAUUCCUUCGCGUGGAGUAUGCCGACUAUAUCAAUUUUGUACUUAAAGUGACUGGCCUCAAAAAGGGGUAUAAUCCGUAUAGUGGCACGGUGGCUGAGAAUAUUCAGCGAAAACUGGAUAAAGACGAGAUUAACAAUGAGAAGAGGCAUAAGGACCCAACAGCGAUGCAUAAUAACCCGAUUGAUGAGGAUAUUCUUCAAUUGAGAUACAGAGAACGUAUCGAGAGGACCUUUACUUUGGCCGCAAUUCUUCAAACGCAAAUGGAACUGCUUGAGCGACUUAUGUUCGGGGAUGAAGAUGGAAAUCUGCCGGAUUUAAACCAAGAUGAGGAGCCUGGUCCGUCGAAUCGAAAACGCGAAGAGCAAAUAGCUCCAUCUACCUUUUAAAAUACGAUUUUAUUUAGUAACAACAAUAUUGUAAAUGACUUUAAAAUUUGUUUAAUGAAAUCAUAUAAGAAGA